GCACGUGAAUAAUCACGAUUUGUUUUUAUAAAUUGUGUAUUUUAAAUUUUGGACCAGUUGUUUUUAUUUUAUCAAAAAUACCGCCUAACUGUUCCGAACCAAUAAGGAUAGAAUAACUGAUUAUAAAAAAUUAAAAGAAUCUCAGAUAUUUGGAUCAUUGAAGACCUCACACUUUUUGAACGACAAGCCCAACCUCAAUUAUUAUCUGAGUGUAACAAUGUCCAACGGUGCUCUGCCAAAAACGAAGACAUCCAAAUCAUCACUGAAGUACGCCGACUGGCGCGAAGAGGCAAAGGUACAAAAUUGCAAAAGUGAAUUCUCGUUCGAAUUGAAACCGAAGCCAAAAUUGACCUGCAUCCCCGAGAGUUGUAGUAAAUUCUUUAGUGAUCUGAGUGAACCAACUUGCAGAAAGACGCAAUCAAUGAAUGCAAUGAAGAAAAAUGAGGCGCCGGAGAAAUCGUGGUCGGUUUUGUUCAUCGGUUCCAAGAGCAACCUGCAUGCCAAUAAUCUUAUAAUGUAA